UCGUAAUAACAUUUCAACCUGCUGUCACUCACCCAAUGAUAAUGACCUGAUAUGAACUCUUGCGAGUGAUUACUUCGUUCCAAAAUUUAUUGCUGGAUGUAAAAACAAUUUAAAAUGGAAAUAAAUCAUUUACAUUUUAUGUGGAUUAUUUACUCUUUCAUUGUGACAUUUUGUGGUGUAAAUGUUUUAUUUGUGAAAAAUAUACCAUCGGUCCUAGUGCGAUUUUAUUCAUUUGGCAAAGCACAUAAAUCAUUUAAUAAACAAAAUUCUGUUAUUAAAUGGUUUGAAAUACCUAAAAGAUGGUUUUCUCAUUUCUAUGUAUUUGCUGUUGUAUAUUUCUUAUUCAUCACUAAAGCAGUGUUGCUUCGAUAUUUUGGCAAUGUAUCAUCACCAUUUUUUGUGCAGCUAUUGAAUUUAUUAGGAUCAUCAAAGAGAGAAGGCAUUGUUAGUGCUGAAUCUGUGGUUAUCCUUAGCAUUUUAUUAUUUUUACAAGUAUGCAGACGUUGCUAUGAGUGCUUGUUUGUAUCAGUUUAUUCAGAUGCCAAAAUGAACAUUUCACACUAUAUUGUUGGCUUCACUUUCUAUUUUGGAGUUGGCCUAUCAUUAUUGCAUGAUGCUCCUGGAUUCGAAAAAUUUAAUGAUCAUUCUGUUAAUUAUAUUUCUGGCAAAUGGGUAACACUUCCACAUCUCAUUGGUGUUGUGUUGUUUCUAUCAGCAUUCAACUUGCAGUUCAAAACUCACAAAACAUUAGCAUCACUACGUAAAACAGGUGACAAAGUUACAUCUACUGGGCAUUAUCUUCCAACUUCAGGUUUUUUUGAAUAUGUUUCCUGUCCUCAUUAUUUUGCAGAAAUUGUGAUUUAUUUGUCUGGUUGCAUAAUUCUGGGUGGUAAAAGUUACUCAUGGUGGCUAGUAUGUUUGUGGACUGUAUGCAGUCAGAUUCUCACUGGUCUGAUGAGCCAUCAGUGGUAUAAAAAAACUUUUAAAAAUUAUCCAGUUAAAAGAAAGGCUGUUAUUCCUUUUCUUCUUUAAUUAUUCAGUAUGAAAAAUGUAUAUUUUCUUUAUUACAAAUUGUAUUUGUAAGAAGUCUAUUUAAAAACUAUUAUUGAUUUUUCAAUUAUUGGUGCUUUGUAAAAAUUAUAGCACUAAAUGUAUAAGUGCACAUAGAAAUACCUAUAUAUUUCUUCUUUUUGUUCAUAUAUAAAUUACUUAUUAAGGAAAAAAAUUUCAUUUGUGAUGUUUCCUACCCUAAAUUUUUUAAAAAUUAUUUUACAGGGGCAAAAUGAGCUAUAUUUUAUUGGCAUUUAUUUAGUGUUAAAUUUAUAUUGCAAAAUUUUAUGCAAAUGGUUUUGAUAUCCUAUUGUGCCAUAGGGAAGUUUCAAAUGGUCAUGUACUAUUGUACAAAUAUUAUACAAAUAUAUUACAAAUAUUAUAAUAUUUAAAAAAUGUAAUUAUUUGAUUUUUAAUGAAUAUUAUAAAAUGAUUUGUUU